AUUGGGUUAAAAAACGCGAUCUGUUUCUAUUCCUCUGGAGUUCCCGAUAUUUGGCGAAGCGAGAGAUAGAGAGAGAUCGAUUCCUGUUUCUAAGCUAAAUUCGAGAGAACUUGAGUAAAUUGAAGCUCUGUCUUUGCGAAUCGAAUCGAAGAUGCUGAGAGCGGCGACCAGGAGGCUCUCUUCUUUCACUUCCUGUCCGUCGGGGUGGAGGCACCACCAGGCUGCCUCCGCGAUCGCCCCUCGCCGUUUAAUCAACGAUACCGAUUCUUCCGAUGAUCUCAGAUCAAGCUCCUCCUUCUCUUUCGCUUCUCACUUCCUUCUUCCCACCAGAGGUUUCGCUUCUGAGUCACUCACCCCAAAAUGUGAAAACAGCAUGAUUCCUGAUGUUCCAGGAACAGUAGCAGCUAUUAAGAAUCCCACUUCUAAAAUAGUCUAUGAUGAAUACAACCAUGAACGUUUUCCUCCAGGUGACCCCAGCAAGCGGGCAUUUGCCUAUUUUGUCCUGACAGGUGGUAGGUUUGUGUAUGCAUCUCUUAUCCGUCUGCUUGUCCUCAAGUUUGUGCUGAGCAUGUCAGCCAGUAAGGAUGUUCUUGCACUGGCUUCUCUUGAGGUUGAUCUCUCCAGCAUUGAACCUGGCAGCACUGUUACUGUUAAGUGGCGUGGAAAGCCAGUCUUUAUCAGGCGCCGAACUGAGGAUGAUAUCAAGCUGGCAAACAGUGUUGAUUUAGCAUCACUUCGUGAUCCACAAGAGGAUGCAGCGAGGGUUAAGAAUCCAGAGUGGCUAAUUGUUAUUGGAGUCUGCACGCAUCUGGGUUGCAUUCCCUUGCCAAAUGCUGGUGAUUUUGGUGGAUGGUUCUGCCCUUGCCAUGGUUCCCAUUAUGAUAUCUCUGGCAGGAUUCGCAAGGGGCCUGCACCAUACAACCUGGAGGUGCCCACUUACACCUUCUUGGAGGAGAACCAGUUGAUGAUUGGUUGAGAAUAGCAGUGUAAUAAUCAAGCAAACAGUGGUCAUUUGGGAUCUCAUAAUUUUUUAAUUUUAUCAGAUAAUGCCGAAGACUUGUUGCAGAUCUUUGCUUUUGCUGCCCUUUCCUUUCAGGGCAUUUUUAGGGUUGUUUUAGUAACUGGGAUAAUUGUAGCUGUCUCCAGUUGGUGUUGCUCUGAAUUCUGAAUAAGUUGCCUGGAUUUUGCUGAGCAUUGAUGCUCUUUAGACUUUGACUAUUCCAGGAUGCUGUUAUUUAAUUAUUUUGAUUACGUUUUGAACCAUAA